UGCGCGUCUAUGGUUCUGCUCGCGUGGAAAGUGAACGAGAAAAAUUUCGUGACGUGCUUAACCCACACCUUCCUUUCACAGUAUCUCUGUAAAAUGUCCGCGUUUUUCUGAUUUCUCCGUUCCGAUCCUGCGAACGAUUCGUUCCGCGACUACAAACAUCGAAUUCCCAACGGCAACGAUUCGUAUGUUCUGUGGAAGAAAAUAAUGCUUGUGCUUGCGUAUGGACACCAGUGCAAGAUACGAUAGCUAGGUUUCAUAUAACUAAGAAGCAAUCGGUACUGUCCUCGAGGAAGUAUGAGUAAUCCCUAUAGAGCCCGACCAGCCAGGUCCAGAGUAGAUCAUACCUUAGGAUAUGGAGCUCAUAAUCAAAAUGCAUGGAAUCCAAUGUCAAGGGUGCAACCAGAAGUCUCAUCCAAUGAUACCAUUCAGCACCAACCACCUAUCGUAAAUCAGUCAAAGCAAACAAGUGAUCCUUGGAAUAACUCAUGGAAUUGGGAUUUUGAUAAACAAACGGAUAAUCAGCAACAGCAACAGCCACUUCAACCAGAACAACAGCAACAGCAUUACAUACCUCCAUAUACGAAUCAAGGUCAUCCAAGACCAAACUCUAUUCAAGAUCAUUAUUAUCAGAAUGUUAAUGGCAACAAGUCCGAUCUGCUUAAUCAAAACUCUGUGCCUGAUGAUAAUGCACCAAACACAGUUGGCAAUAGGCAACCGAUUCCAAACCAUUCUGACUCAUUUCCACCAUAUUCGAAUUAUACUCAGUAUCAGUAUCCGCCGUCGCCUAGAUCUAAUUCUGUUAAAUCCGGACCUGUAAAUUUUAACGCUUCUCAAUGGACGAGCGAGCAACAGCCUCAAAAAAUUCCAUACACGCAGCAAAGACCUAUUAUACAGAACCAAAAUGAAUCAUUGAUGCAACCUCCGUUAGCUAGUAGCAAUUAUACUUGGCACAAGCCGGAUCAAGCAAAUUUAAUGCCACCCCAUAAUAUGUCGGACAAGGAGAUGCAAAAGUUCGAUGAUACAAGCAAUCAGUCCGUGCCACAGUUACAACAAACUAGUUUGAGUCAACUUCUUCCACCUUCCGCUGAUAAUACUAACAAAGAACAUUCCAUCAAUGAUCCAAGCAAUUGGUCUAAUCAAAUGAAUAUGCCCGCUUCUCAAUGGAACAAUCAAAGUCGUCAAUCCAUGCUGCCCAACCAAGGUCAACAAUUACCACCAACUUUCAAUGUUAAUAGCGAAUUCAAUUCUUGGUCUCAAACGGCAAAUGCAGAUGUUCCGCAACAAUGGAAGCAUUCGGACGAGACUCAUACAGCCCAGUGGUUACAAGAGCAGCAAAAGAAUAAUAACAUAUUGGAAGAAGAUAUUAAACAGGAUAACGCUGGCGCUGUUGCUGUAAACGACUGGCAACAAACCCCUACGAUAUCCACUCAUCAUUCUUUACCCAAUAUACCUCAACUACCAGAACCUAGCAUAGAGCAAGAAGAUAGAAAAGCAUCUAUACCUUCGUUAACUACAAACUCCAUGAUUUCAAAAGAUUCCAGUAUACACGCAAAAACGACUAUAGCUAAAUCGCAAUUACCUGACUCCCGUCUUAACGUGUCCGCCUCUCCUGAAACUAUGUCGACUAUCGCAAGCUCCGAGAACGUUUCCGUUCAGGAGAACAAUGACUUUAAUUUAACAAGUGAUCCACUAGAAUGGGGAAGAAAUAUUUCAUCGGAGGAGUUGCCGGCAAAAUUAGAACAGUUGAGUCUUGGUACUAUGAUAAACAAACAUUUAGAAAAUCAAAAUGAACCGUCGGAAGUGCAUCCUGUUAUACCUGAGGAUGGAUGGAAUCAAAAUACAGCUUCGCAAAGUAGUUCUACUCCCGAUAAUAUACCUGGGUUACCUUCAGAUUAUGCUCCACCUGGUGCAGAAAAUUCUCAUUCCAUUGACUCCCAAGGUGCCAUUAGCAAAGAAAAUUCAACACACAGUACAUAUCCGCCGACGAACAUCAAGCCAACAGAUAACAUGACGCAAAGUGGAUACGAUCAAUGGUACAAUCAGAAUACACUACCGCGCUCCAUAGACAAUACAUGGUAUCCAAAGGAUCAUGCUCGGCUGGUUAAAGAAUGGAGUACCGAACAAACUGUAGAAAACUAUGAAAUUAUUCAGCAGCCUUCGGAAUUCGUAAACUUAGAGGUAGUCACGCCGUCUUUACAGGAACGCGAUAUUUACGGCUCGAGAGAUUCCAUAAAUAAGGAAACUUUAGAUAACGACCCAAAACCGGUUAUGAAUCCUGUUAAAGAAUCGGCUAGUGUACGCGAUUUCAGACAAGAAGUAAACAACAUCGAAGUACCUUCUGCACGAUCUCAUCCGCCUCUUCAGCCGGAACAGGUGCCGGAUAAUUAUGAAUUCGCGUCGAACGAUAGGAACACGUUUUUGGAAACCGGAGAACUGACAGAUUCCCAUCAAGAGCACGAACCGACUCCACCGAGCCAGGACGAUGAAAACGACGAAGUGCCUAAUGAUAUUCCCUUUUUACGCGAAGUACCAGGACAGUCGAGUUCCAUAGAUCCGCGUAGAAAUGAUCCAACGGGUCAAGAACAAUAUGUUCAAUCUGUUCAGAGACUACCAGACCCAAGAAGGAACGAUCCUUCCGGCCAGGAACAAGGUCUUCAGCUAAGGAAUAUGUCUGAUAGAUCAGAACGUCGUGAUGUUCCUCCUGGCCAAGAGAGAAGCGUCCCUAUACUAUCACGAACGGACUCUGACCCGUUGGAACGUCGAAACGAUCCAUCUGGCAGAGAACGAUCCCUACCUCCGCAACAGUCACGCAAUGAUCCCUCCGGAGAAGAAAGACACCAACCUCAAUCUCAAAUUAUGCUGGAAUCUAGCGAAACGCGGGAAGUACCUGGCAGAGGCAAUGACACCGAAGACCCUAAUCAACAGACGGACGAGGACCUUAGGCAAAUACCAGGAGGCGCGUCUCCAAACGACGUUGCUCAGUCUUUAGACGACAGACCUAAUGGACGAGUAGUUACAGGCUCUCAAGAGGUUCCCCUUACAGGCUCCACGAUACAAGACCAAACCAGCGAUUCGAGGAACAAACGCGAGGAAGCUGUUGGCGCAUCUGUACGCGAAAGUCAGGGAGUUUCCAAUUUGUCGAAUCGUAGAGAUUCGUACGAGGAUGAGGAUGAUGAAGGUUCUGGGAAUAGCAGAGACGAUAGUAGAGAGAGACGACGCGAUAGUAGUUCGGAACGGCGACGAUACGAAUACGAACGGAAGAACGCAUAUUAUGACCGCGACCGUGAAUACGACGAUGAUUACUAUUACGAUCGACGUCGCGUAGGAGAAAGUGAUCGAUCGUACACUGCACGCGACGAAUUCGAUCGACGGGAAGUUCCUUAUCGAGAGGACGAUCGCAAGCAUCACAGUCGGGAUGAUCUGGAUAGACACGCGAGGGAAGAGCUUGAGAGAAGAAGCAGAGGUAAAGACGAUCUGGAUGAGAGGGAUGGCAGAAGGAGACCAGAGGAUCGUAGAAGAGAUAGGAUCGAUGAUGGGCGUCGUAGAGAUAGAGAAGCUCGGGACUACGAUCCACGAUAUUCUAGAGAUCGAGAUUAUCUUGAUCGUGAUAGAAGAAGGGACGAUAGAAGGCCAAGACGAUACGACGAUUACGAUAUUAGAGAUCCAUAUUACGACGAUCCUUAUAGCAGAGGAUCGAGACCGUCCAGUAGGUCUUCUUACAACGAUAGAGAUCGUGCAUACUACAUGCGAACGAGAGAUCCCUAUUAUGGUUACAAUGGGUAUUCUGGGUACGAUUACGGUGUUCAUUACGCCAAUAAUUACUAUGCGUAUAUAGAAAACAUGCGACGUACAAGUCCCGCCGCUUAUUCAGAAUGGUAUCACAAAUAUUAUGCUAAUCAACAACAGCAACAUAUUUCACGAAGUGUUACGAGUUACCCGGAGGAUAGAGCGAGUGUUCAUUCAGGACGUAGUUCCUGCGAUGACAGAACGGCUGGCGAUAAACGAACUUGCGAUAUGUCUUUGCUUGAAGAUUCGACGACUACUUCCGCACGACUAACACCGAUGAAAUUUUCCAUUUCUCAUGCAUACGGAUGUUUUUCUAUUGGAUCUAUGAUACACGUUCAACCAAGCUAUCCAACCGAUGGCGAAAGAGCCAAAGUGGACAUUAUUAGACUGGACAAUCUGUUUCAACACGAUCCCAUCGCGCGCGAUUUGCGGGCCUAUCCUGGACCUCUGAUUAAGCAAGUGGGCGUUACACAUAAAAAGACCAUUAUUGAAUAUUGCGAGAAUAAAAUAAAAAAAGCAGCACUGAACGAAGAGAUGGUUGAUCGUGCAUCGUACAUACUUUUAUACGAAUUAAUGAUUAUGUUGAUCCAACAGAACGGGAAUGUUGUCGGUGUCGAUAUAGCAGCACUAUUGCUCAGAAACAAAGAUGCAUAUCCAUACGAUUUGAACAAGCAAAAAUCACAGGAUCCAGGAAGGAGGGGAUCGGUGAUGUCGCAAAGGUCUGGCGUUGCAGAUGGGGAUGGAAUUCAGGGUAAUCAAGAUGGUACGGAAGUUCCUGAGAAGGUCGAAAGUAAGCCACGUAAGAGUGUCGAACAAAUAACAGACGAGUUUAGAAAUACGCUACUUUACGGAUUAGUUCAAGAAGCGCUAGAAUACGCGAUGAACGAGGGACUUUGGGGUCAUGCUCUCUUUUUGGCUAGCAAAUUAGACAAACGUACUCAUGCGUCUGUGAUGACACGUUUUGCGAAUAGUUUGCCUUAUCACGACCCGCUGCAAACUUUAUAUCAACUACACUCUGGUCGUGUGCCCGCCGUUGUUACUAGUAUAUCGGAUCCACGGUGGGACGAUUGGAGACCCCAUUUAGCUAUGAUCAUAUCGAACACAUCGGCCAAUCCGGAAAUUAAUCGUCGUUCGAUCACGACUCUCGGGGACACGCUCUCCGCCCGAGGAGACAUCCACGCAGCUCAUUUUUGCUACAUACUCGCGCAAGUUGAUUUCGGCCCAUACGGAGCGAACAACGUGAAACUCGUAUUGAUCGGUGCGAAUCACCAUAAACCGUACAGUUCGUUCCUCACAACGGAGGCUGUCAUGCUCACGGAAAUAUACGAGUCUGCUAGAAAUCUUAGCGAGCCAGGAUUCACGCUGGUGGACCUUCAGACAUUCAAGUUCGAUUUGGCAGCGAAAAUGAUCGACCAUGGAUUGAUAGAGAAAGCCUUAUUGUACAUAGAGCAAAUCGCGGUGAAUAUCGUUAACGAACCGUCGAAAUACAAGAAGUCGUUCAUCAACGCUGUGUAUAAUUUGGGAGACAGGAUCAAAUACCAUGAUCCAAUCUACAAAGACUCGACCGACGAAGCUAUCACUUUAACUUGGUUCGAUAAUCUGGCUGAGAUUGUUGGUAAAUGCCAUACGGGGGAAAUUGUUGAGAAUGACGCCUAUGGCGCGCAAAUGAAAAUGGAAUUGCAUAACAAUGUGCAAAGUGUAGAGAUGUACGACGUUAAACAGCAGCAGCAACAACCAUCGCAACAACAAUGGAACCCGGUUCAAUCUGAGUACAGAGAGGGUCCAACGUCAAUGAUGGAAGUAGCCGCUACUGAGGUGCAAUCGGAAUGGCAGCCAUUGUCUUUGCCAUCCAAUAUACCGGACGCGUAUGAUCAAAACGUGCAAUACGCGAGAAACGAGGAGUCUCAGUACCAACAAUCGCAACAGCAAGAUUACUGGAAUCAAGACUCGUAUUAUCAGAAUAAUUAUGGUAGAAACGACGCAACCGCUGCGAACUGGCAGCAGCAACCGACUCAUCCUUUGUACCCGUCGGAGCAAAGCGACAUCGAUAAUUCUCAACAACAGGAGAAAUGGAACUAUGAGACGAAAAGGGAAGAAAAAACACCUACCCCUGAACCAUCGCAACCGGCGAUUUCCAUGACACCGUCGACGAGAAAGCAAUACGAUCCGUUGGAGGAGUUGGACGCGCUCGAGACACCAAAAGCAUCGUCGAAACCCGCGGCUGCAACCAAAAAGGUUCCAGAGAAAGCGGCUGAGAAAAAAGCAUCCAACAGCGGAGGCUCGUGGUUCGGUGGUUUCUUUAGCAAGCUAGCUCCAAAACCAAGGAACCAGAUGAUCUUACCGGACGACAGUAAUCCAGCGAUUGUUUGGGAUCCUGUUGGUAAAAAAUGGAUGAAUAAAGACGAAGAUGGUGACAAUAGUUUCUCAGCUCUAGCCCCUCCCCCGAAAGCUACUGACGUGGGAUUUAAAGCACCUAUAGCUGAGCAGACCUCCCAAUCAUUGUCUCAACCGCCCCCUCAGCCACCCUCCCAAGCUGACGAGUCGACAGUAAAUAAGUUCAAAUUACCGAAGGGCAGAAAUAUGCGUGCCAACUACAUAGACGUAAUGAACCCGACUGGUUCAAAAAAUAGCUCAGUACCGUCAAGUAUAGCAACCCCAAUAACGUCCCCAAUGGCACCUAUGGCGACCUCGUCGCCUCAGUUAUUCAUUCCUGCACCAGUCAAUGAUUCAAAUGCCCCCGUGGCUUUUCUAACGCCUACGUCAACACCAGUCGCACCUUCUACGAACGUUUCCGAAAACACAUCCCAAGGGCUCUCUCGAUGGAGCUCAACCAGCUCGUUAUCGCGAGAGGUGCAGAGCUACACAAUGAGGGAUCCGCGUCUCCUCCUACGGAACAAGGGACCAAUGAUGUACAACGCGAAUGACAUGAAGGAACAUUCAGCAAAGAACGUGCAACAGAACCGGUAUCCUCCACGAUAAAAUUCAAAAAAUCGUCUACAACGUACUCGAUGAUCGAAGGAGAAGAUUUUCUGUUUAAUCAGAAUCAGUUUGCUUACACGAGUCGAAGGUUUUUUGUAAAACACAUGGACAAACAUACCUCAAAAUAUGUAAGUGAACGGUAGUAGAUACGUGAUUCGUGAUCGAGCGUCCAGUUUCCAGUUCCGAUUUUACAUUCUAACGGUUGCUUAUAAAUAAUACAGUGAAUCCGAUAAAUAUUACAAUCCGUAAAAGACAAAAUGUGCUUUAACGUACUAUUCACUUCAGGAAGACGAUUCACUCUUUACAUCUUUUGUCUUAUACUUUGGAGAGUUCGCGCUCUACACUUUGCUUGAUCGAAUUUCGUUAUUCGCGUACGUGCAAGGUAUUGUAUAAUUAGUUUUUCACGGAAUGUUUUCUCGCGAGCUUGAUAAAAAAAAUGAUAGUGCAAUUUGCAGAUAUUUUCAUUGCUACAUAGCUCUUACAAUUUAACCCAUUCGUCCGUAAUACUCUUACGUAAAUUUCUAUUGGAUGGGUUAAAUGUUUACUAUGGUUUUUUUUAAUGGGUUUAAUGGUCGUGGUAUUGCUCUAUCGGGUUACACGAAGUGCAGAAUUCCAAUCGUAAUAGAAGCGCAGACGGAGUGUGUUGUUACGUUGAAUAAUCACAAUUGAAGCAAAUGUUAAUUUUACUUUUAUCACAAAUAUAAUGUGAAUUGUAGCAAGAAUAAUGUUAAUCGUAUCGUCUACGUUGUGAGAAUUUAUUACGUGUCUAGAAGCACGAUACGAUGUCAAGUCUGAUUUUAUACGCUGGUGAAGAACAUUUAUUGCAUAUAAAACGAAGUAAAUAUCGGUAAUGUACGAAAUGUUAGGAAUAUGAAAAUUUUAUUGGAUACCAUUGUUAGGCGAUGCGUAUUGCAGGUACUGUUAUUCAUUGUCGGGCUAUAGUAUCGUUAUACCAAGGUUGUACGAUUAAGAAAUGGAACUGCCAUCUAACUAUAUGGAUCGGAAAAACUAGCGAAGUCGUUUACGUCCUAUCUCAACUUAAAUUAUGAUAAGAAUCGAUCUUUGAAUUUUUGUCUCUUAACGAGAUCUUUUUCUAGAAUUCUGAGUAGAGAAUCGCGAUGAAAAAAAAAUUCUGUCUGUACAAAAUGACCCAAAAUACUCGCUUAUAAUUUCGGUCGUGUAACAUAUUUGGAAGUUACGCCUAAAUCAUUUAUUAACGAUCGCCUUUUUUAAAGGUAUAGAUUACGAACGAUUCUUCUCUCCUAUUUGCUUUUAAAUUUCAUCUAUACAGAUCGCUCAAGUGUUCUAGUAUGUCACAAAUACAUCAUUCUUUUGUAAGUAGUUCUUUCGAAUUGAUCACACGCUCUUCUUUGCUUACUACAUUGUACCUAAUAUAAUGCACGAGCUUUUACAAUUAUGCAGUCUUCUAUAUCCGCGCGAAUAACUACUGGAAAUUGCGUUAUAAUUUUCUUUAGCCAUUUUGCGGCUGUAGGCGUUUAUACGAGCUGUACGCUUUUCUGGUUCGAGAAAGCUGCAUAGUUCACUUAAUCUCGGAUUCCGAGAUGAUUGGUGCUUUUGUAGCAUUUGAGUUUGUAAUUAGGAAACCAUAUGCCAUAAAAUGUAAAAUCUGCUCGAGCAGAGGACGAGAUACAUUGCUGUUUGCAGGCAGAUUAUUAUUCCACGUUAUGACUAGCUAACAUUUUAGCAAAGAGAACUUCGUUUUGUCCAAUGUAAGUCAAUGUACGGCGUACUUGAGAACUUAAAAGAACGAAGGGUAACGUUUACGAUGCAAAUGUACAAACGUAGGGUAAACCUUGGAUCGGUUUCUCAUUUAACGUCCAGCGUUUUGUGAUAGAACGAUGAUCGAAAGCGAGAGGACACGUUGUAAAGAUGAUCGAACGAGCGAAUCGAAGAGAAUAACCACGCAUCCGUCACUAAAAAAAAACGACUUUUUAUUCCGUUAUUUGUCUGUAAUCGAAGAUGUAACCAUUUUAUUUUUGCGUUUGGAUGAAACAAUAUUUUUUCUUCGCCAUUAAUCACAAUUGGAGUGAAACUGGUUUUGUCAAUUCUUGUAAAAUAUACGUUAGACUAUUCGGUUUUAUACUCGUGACACGGUAAUGUGCUUUCAAUACAAUACAUAUUACGCAUCAGUUUUAGCAUAUUAUAAUGUGAACGCGUUUCGUCGCGUACGUUACAUGUAUAUACGUAUAUAUAUAUAGAUAUAUAUUGAAAUUUAUGAUUUGUAAAUAUAUAUAAGCAUAAGUCUCUUCGGGAAUUAUAGUAAAUUCGCAUAUUGAUACGUUGAACAGAACUAGUCGCCGAGUUAUUAUCACAAGGCCGUAGUUCAAUGAAAUCCAACCAACAUUAGACGGUGUUAUUUUCUCUCGAAAUACAUUAUCAAAAUCAGAAUAAUUCUUUUUGUGAAAAAUGGCAUUUCGUUGCGAAUUACGCCCCGGUUGCGUUAUCAUCGAUAAAUUUAGUCUCUAUUUAUAAUCAUCAUUGAUUCGUUUCCAAUGAAAUAUCCGUUCCGUCACGCGAGUGUAUAUUUCCCUUUUUUUUUCUCCACUAUGGGAUGACGAAUUUUGAACGAAAUGGAGAUUUCCGGCAGCACCUAAGUUCAAUUUAUCUUAUUUGAGUAAAUGUUUAAAAGAAAAGAAAAAAAAAAAAAAAACCGUACAUUUUUUGUGCCACGUAUUUUAUAACACUUUGUAUGUAUUAUUUAGUAGGCAACAAGUACGCGAUUAAAAGGGUUUACUAUUUCGGGAUGCAACACAAUUCAAUCGAUCUGUUAGAAAAGCUCCCGAAGUGAUAUAAUACUUACAGUGGACUAGUAAACUACGAAAGAGGACUCUAAGAUUAAACGUUAAAGUUGAACAGAAGUAUUAAUUGAACUGUAUGUUAUGUAUGUAUAGGAUGGUUUAUGAGCGAUGCGAUUCUGGCUUAAUGUAACAUAUUACGAUAUAUCUUUAAUGCACUUCGCAGUUCAGAUGUUCGAUGUAUGUUUACGGGAAAAUACGGAUAAUGAGAAAUGUAUACUGUAUAUUAUUAAUAUUA